GGGGAGCUGGUGCGGGGCCUCCUGGCUGCAGGACUGUGAGUGUGUGUGACGUGGCUGUCUUAGCCUGGCUUUUGUGCAGAUUUUCUUUUGCCCUUUGUCUUGGCCUUUGUUUUUGUCUUUGUUUGGCCUUUGUUUUGUCUUUGUUUCACUCUUUGUUCAAACUUUCUUUGGCUUUUGUUUGGUCUUUCUUUAGCCUUUUGUUUGAACUUUGUGUGGCCUUUUUGUGGUCAUUGUGUAGCUUUUGUUUUAAGUGCAUCUUGGCUGAGAACCCAUCAAAAACACCUUGUGCAAUGAAGAACCUGGAUAUAUGAUCUCUCCCUAUAUAUUCUGCGUGUACUGAGGAGACCUCCACCCCCACGCAGGGUCCUGCACAGACGUGGGACCUGUUCCGAACGGCUGCUACCCAAGGAAAAAAAGAAGCAAAUGAUACCCAGACCAGCUCGUAACAGAGAUCUAAUCAGCAGAUGUGUACGGAUGAAAGUACAGUGAGAUGAGUCAGAAGGCGCGCAAGGAGGGCCGCCGGCUCUCCAAGAACCAAAGGCUCUCCGAGCACUUCAGCAUCCGCUGCUGCCCGCCCUUCACCUUCCUCAACUCCACGCGCGAGAUCGUGGACCGCAAGUACAGCAUCUGCAAGAGCGGCUGCUUCUACCAGAAGAAGGAGGAAGACUGGAUCUGCUGCGCCUGCCAGAGGACCAGCACCAGCCGCCGGGCGAGGUCCCCUCCGAGGCCCAAGGUCCAGCCAGCUGCGCCCCCAGCCGUGGUCAGAGCGCCAGCCAAGCCGCGUUCCCCCCCGAGGCCCGAGCGCCAGCCGCGCCCUCGCCCGGAGCGCCACCCGCCUGCCAAGCAGCGCACCCCCCCGAAGCCCGCGCCGCCGCCGCGCCGCAGCCCCCCGAAAGGGCCGGCCGCCGGCCGCGGGGGGUUCCCCGGCAGAGGGUUCAGACUCUGGUAGCACCUGCUCCCCUGUCCCCGCCCUCAGGUUGAAAAGGAGGACCAAGCCGACCACCCCCCGGAAGAAGUGACAGGAGCCUCCCAUGAAUGGGUGGCCUCAGCUCCCACAGUCCCUGCUGCUCCACCCACGUGCCCUGGGGCAGGUUCUCUACUGUGACUGUGACACAGGUGACACUGCGACGCCCAGGGUCUCCUUGCCAGGUGCCCGGCAGCCUGCCUGGAGCAUUUGGACGAUAUUAUUCUACUGUCUUCUGACCUCUGUAAUUGCCAAUGAGAAAUCUGCUCUCAGUCUGCUUGCUCUUCCAUUGACUCAAGUUUCUUCAAUCUGAAGAUGUAUAUUUUUCUUCAGGGAUGUGCAAAAAAAAAGAGAUAUCAUUGAACAACCAUCAUAAUGGCAAAAAUUAAAAAUUACCAAGUGUUGGCGAGGAUGUGGGAAAAAUUCUCAUAAGCUACUGAUGAGAAUUUAUAACUAUUACAACACCUUUGAAGUGAAAUCUCAGAAUACUGGUAAAGUGGGAUAUUGCAUAAGCUAUGAUCAAGAAAGUGUGAUUUUAAGCACCCUUCCUAGAGAAAACUUUCAUUCAUGGAAAAAGGGGAGACAUUUAAAUCUGUUCAGUGAAGCACUAUUUGCCAUUAAAAAAAAGAGAGAGAGAUAGAAAGAUAUUAAUCAAAAUAUCCACCAAUGGGAGAAUGAAUAAACCAAUACUGGUAUAUUCACAAAUAAAACCCUAAACAGCAGUUAAAACCAAUGAAUCUGAUAUGCUUCAUCAGGUAGAUAAAUUUGGAAAACAAAAUGUGGAAUAUAAAAAGCAAAUAGUAGAUGGUAAUUGCAACAAGAUGCCCCAUGCCUGAAAUUUAACAACCCACGAUACUGUAAUUUCCCAAUAAGCAGAAACCAUAAAAUCUCACAGUCUCAGUGAUGCAGUAGAAUAAAAAAUGACAACAGCACAAAAAGGCUAUUCAAGAAAUGUCUACCCUCUUCCGUAUCAAAAAGAUUUGACAUAAUUCCUGUUUUGAAGAAAUAACAGAAAAGCUGUAUAGAAAUGGUCAACAAUAUUAGCUAGAUACAGACGUUUGUGGGGAGAUAAGUGGAAGUCUAAUGAAAAGCCACGGGUCUCUCCAAAGUUCUUAGUCUUAGAAAACAAAAACACUUGUUCUAAGGCCAUUUUUGGUCUGGGUUACUGUGGCUUCUGCUGGCUUCUGACAUGGAGAAGAGGGACAGAGUUGAUACUCCUUCCCUCGCACUCCUUUAGUAAUGGGCAGGAAGACACAGCAGAAGGUCAUAGAAUGUCGUAGAAUGCGGACGGAUGUAAAACUGGCAGUAUGAGGGAGAGGGGAGCUCAGAGGAGAGGCAGGCAAGGCCGUGGGAGUCGUCUUGUGCUGGGAGCAGGGGCCAGGCAGGCUCAUGGCCUUGAAGGAGCACAGCCAGACCUUGUUGGGGCUAAAAGACAAAUGAGAAGAGAGGGCAGUGCCAGAGAAAGUCCUGCUCCAGGCAUGGGGCUGGGGGAGCGGGGGGCCAGAGAGCAGGGAGAGCGCUGGCCAGGCAAGAGGCAGCAUGCACGCUGCACCCCCAGCCAGAGGGGUCAAGCCAGAUGCUGUCCCGGGGCACCCCCGGGGGCGAGGCUGACAUCCUGGCUUCCUCGUUGAGGGGAAGCUGCUUCUCUGUGGCAGUCACAGUACAAAGGCAAGGAAACCGAGCUGCACAGAGCCUUCAGGCAGCAACGUUUCUCCUGCCUAAAUUCAGGUGCUAAAAGAGCCACAAAACGACAACCUCCAAUGUAAAUGGUUUCCAGAGAUGAAAUAGCUGAGGCCGUUUUAUUCCUAGGAAUAAUCCCGGGGCCACCAUGGCCACGACAGACCACUAGGAAGAACAAAUGAGGGCCAGACCCACCUGACCCCACAAGGAGACUUAACGGCCCUGCAGCCUGUUUGAGAUUUUGGCAAAGCCAAAGCCCGUACUCAGAGCUCACAGGGCUCUACCCACCCCGUAUCCCCCAGAAGACGCGGAGUUACUCCAGGAUGCAGAAUCGGGGAGGGGAGAGCACAGCGUGUGUUUUUUCAUAUAAAAAAAUUGGAUAUUAGCACAGAAAUGUUAAUAACUAGAAAUUACUGAAUCUCCAUGUUUGUCUGUUGUGAAAAUAAAACCCUCUGAGGACGGGUAAAAGAUAUCUAGAAAUUACUUGAAACUCUGGAUAACUAAAAUGUGUUGUAACCCAGUUGUAUUUUUUUGUUUUGUAAGGGUUGGUUCUGGGGAGCACUGAGCAGUGAAUAUGGCAAAUUUAUACAAAGCUCCCAGCACCAGUCUAGGUAAACUUCUUGUGGGAGAAUUCUCCAAUACGGCGUUCAGCAUGCAACUGUGAUCCUUCUGUGUGUUAACUGGUUAUAGGUUCUGACCUUUUGUUUUGGGCAGGCUGAGGUGUGUACCCAGACUUGUCCUGGUAGAUGCUAACAACUGGCUGUCUGGGUGGAAAUUCAUGAUUUACAGUGUUGGCCCAUUUCCAUGGUGUGAACACAUGCACUGUGACUGAUCGAGUGUGGGGCUGGCGAGAAGUGUGCAUAGUUAACUCGCCUGAGGCCACACUCCGUACCCACGGGCCUGGGUGAAAUUGCUAUCUUUACUAAACAUUCUGUGCCAUAAAUAUACAAGGCACCAGUGAAAGAAAAAACAAAGGGAAAAUAAAUUCAAGUUGGAGAGCUCAAAGAGAGAAAACUGAUAGAGGAGAUUGGUUUUUAAACACUGAGAAGUGGUAUUUGUCUAUGUUGUGCAUUUAUUGUUUUUUCUUAAGCAAACAAGGAAUCUGUGUGUCGCACUCAGUGCUCUGAACUCAGUUUCUUUGGUGUCCCCUACACAUUAGCCAGACCUUCUUUCCUUUCAGAUAUUGGUGCUAAGGUAAUACUUACCAAAGAAUCAACUCCUGCCCACCAGGGAGCCGGUUUCAGGGCAGCCAAGCUGUGUCAAGACAGAAGAAAAAAUGUGGCAUCUUCUGAAUUUUGGGGAGGCGAUGCUGACAUUUAGACCCAUUGGUUUGGUAUGAAAAUAUAGAGCUUUUAAAAAAACUAACAUUAAUAAAAACAACAAAAAUUUAGUUGUUCAAAGAGUGAGAAAAUAAAUUAAUAAACUUUUCUACUAGAGUCAGGCAAGAAGAACUUA